CCGCACGUGCCACACACACAACUUGGAAAAAUUUUCCCCAUCUUGUGUCCGGCCUGUAGUGCCCCAUCCUUCUUUCCUUAUCUUUCCAUUUCCUUCUACAUGCGUGUGUGGACCCGCCCUUCCCUGGCCUUCCUGCACGCCUAUAUAUUCCUUCCUCUUGCGCCGCCCUCGGCUGCUGCACUUCUUUCUUCUUGCAUCAAACUCUUUUUCUCGAGCUCUCUUCUUGAAGUCUUUCGGCUGCUCGCUUCUUCUCUCCUCUUCUCUUUCUUACAUCAUCGCCUGCAUACCUUCCUACCUCAUCUAGCUUCUGCCUCUUGAGAGGUAUGCUUCCUUCCUGCCUAUCACCGCACAGUCAACUGCAUGAGACAAGGCUGCAAUAUGGUCGCUGUAUUCGUAGAAUCUAAAGCUAAGGAAAGAAA